UGUCCUUUCGUCCCCGUCCAGUUUGAGGAGCGGCCGGAGUGUGGGCUGCUGGUGGGCAGCCUGCUGGUCCUGGGCCUUCGGAGGGAGGUGAGACCCGGCAGCCCCCGCCCCCCCGGCCUGUACCCCCGGCCUGUGCGCUGCCCAGAGCCUCCAUAGAGAGAGGUCCCCGCCGCCACCCUCAUGGAUCAGCCCCAGUUCAGCGGCGCGCCCCGCUUUCUCACCCGGCCCAAGGCCUUUGUGGUGUCGGUGGGCAAGGAUGCCACGCUCAGCUGCCAGAUCGUGGGUAACCCGACGCCACAGGUGAGCUGGGAGAAGGAUCAGCAGCCGGUGGCGGCGGGCGCGCGCUUCCGUCUGGCGCAAGAUGGCGACCUGUACCGCCUCACCAUCCUGGACCUGGCGCUGGGCGACAGUGGGCAGUACGUGUGCCGCGCGCGCAACGCCAUAGGCGAGGCCUUCGCGGCCGUGGGUCUGCAGGUGGACGCGGAGGCCGCGUGCGCAGAGCAGGCGCCGCACUUCCUGCUGCGGCCCACGUCCAUCCGCGUGCGCGAGGGCUCCGAGGCCACGUUCCGCUGCCGCGUGGGUGGCUCCCCGAAGCCGGCGGUGAGCUGGUCCAAGGACGGGCGGCGCCUGGGCGAGCCCGACGGCCCCCGCGUGCGCGUGGAGGAGCUCGGCGAGGCGAGUUCGCUGCGCAUUCGGGCGGCGCGGCCGCGCGACGGCGGCACUUACGAGGUGCGCGCGGAGAACCCGCUGGGCUCCGCCAGCGCCGCAGCUGCGCUCGUGGUGGACUCGGAUGCCGCGGACACGGCCGGCCCGCCGGGGACCUCCACGGCCGCGCUCCUGGCGCACCUGCAGCGGCGGCGCGAAGCCAUGCGUGCCGAGGGCGCCCCCGCCUCGCCGCCCUGCACCGGCACGCGCACCUGCACGGUGACCGAAGGCAAGCACGCGCGCCUCAGCUGCUACGUGACCGGCGAGCCCAAGCCCGAGACGGUGUGGAAGAAGGACGGCCAGCUGGUGGCCGAGGGCCGGCGCCACGUGGUGUACGAGGACGCUCAGGAGAACUUCGUGCUCAAGAUCCUCUUCUGCAAGCAGUCCGACCGCGGCCUCUACACCUGCGCGGCGUCCAAUCUCGUGGGGCAGACCUACAGCUCCGUGCUGCUCGUAGUGCGCGAGCCCGCGGUUCCGUUCAAGAAGCGGCUGCAGGAUCUGGAGGUGCGGGAGAAGGAGUCGGCCACGUUCCUGUGCGAGGUGCCCCAGCCGUCCACCGAGGCCGCGUGGUUCAAGGAGGAGACGCGGCUGUGGGCGAGCGCCAAGUACGGCAUCGAGGAGGAGGGCACCGAGCGCCGGCUGACCGUGCGCAACGUCUCGGCCGACGACGACGCGGUGUACAUCUGCGAGACGCGGGAGGGCAGCCGCACCGUGGCGGAGCUCGCCGUCCAAGGAAACCUUCUCCGAAAGCUCCCUCGGAAGACGGCGGUGCGCGUGGGCGACACGGCCAUGUUUUGCGUGGAGCUGGCCGUCCCGGUGGGCCCCGUCCGCUGGCUGCGGAACCAGGAGGAGGUGGUGGCCGGGGGCCGCGUGGUCAUCUCCGCGGAGGGCACGCGCCACACGCUGACCAUCUCCCAGUGCUGCCUGGAGGACGUGGGCGAGGUGGCCUUUAUGGCUGGCGACUGCCGGACGUCCACCCAGUUCUGCGUGGCGGCCCCCAGGAGGCCUCCCCUGCAGCCCCCUUCGGAUCCGGUGGUGAAGGCCAAGACGGAGAGUUCUGUGACCCUCAGCUGGUCCCCACCGCCCCAGGGGGAGUGCCCCGUCGCCAUUGACGGCUACCUGGUGGAGAAGAAACAGCUUGGCACGUACACCUGGAGCCGGUGCCACGAGGCUGAAUGGGUGGCCACGCCUGAGCUGGUCGUGAGGAAUGUGGCCGAGGAGGGGGACUUUCAGUUCCGAGUCUCAGCUCUCAACAGCUUUGGUCAGAGUCCCUACCUCGAGUUCCCAGGGACCGUCCACCUGGCUCCCCAGCUGGCGGUGAGGAUACCGCUGAAGGCAGUGCAGGCGGUGGAGGGUGGCGAGGUCACCUUCUCCGUGGACCUCACGGUGGCCUCAGCGGGUGAGUGGUUCCUGGACGGGCAGGCCCUGAAGGCCAGCAGCGUGUACGAGAUCCACUGUGACCGCACCCGGCACACGCUCACCAUCCGGGAGGUGCCCGCCAGCCUGCACGGGGCACAGCUCAAGUUCGUGGCCAACGGCAUUGAGAGCAGCAUCCGUAUGGAGGUCCGGGCGGCACCAGGUCUGAGCGCCAACAAGCCACCAGCCGCAGCUGCCCGGGAGGUGCUGGCUCGGCUGCAUGAGGAGGCACAGCUGCUGGCCGAGCUGUCGGACCAGGCUGCGGCUGUGACGUGGCUGAAGGACGGUCGCACGCUGCCCCCAGGCCCCAAAUAUGAGGUGCAGGCUUCGGCCGGGCGGCGGGUGCUGCUUGUGCGAGACGUGGCCCAGGACGACGCCGGCCUCUACGAGUGCGUCAGCCGCGGGGCCCGCAUCGCCUACCAGCUGUCCGUGCAAGGCCUUGCGUGCUUUCUGCACAAGGAUGCGGCGGGCAGCUGUGUGGAUGCGGUGGCGGGGGGCCCGGCGCAGUUCGAGUGUGAGACCUCGGAGGCCCACGUCCGCGUGCGCUGGUACAAGGAUGGCGUGGAGCUGGGCCGCUCCGGUGAGCGCUUCUUGCAGGAGGACGUGGGGACGCGGCACCGGCUGGUGGCAGCCGUGGUCACCGGGCAGGAUGAGGGCACCUACUCCUGCCGUGUGGGCGAGGACUCUGUGGACUUCCGGCUCCGCGUCUCUGAGCCCAAGGCAGCGUUUGCCAAGGAGCAGCCGGCACGCAGGGAGGUGCAGGCCGAGGCGGGGGCCGGCGCCACGCUGAGCUGCGAGGUGGCACAGGCCCAGACGGAGGUGACGUGGUACAAGGACGGGAAGAAGCUGAGCGCCAGCUCAAGAGUGCGCGUGGAGGCCGCGGGCUGCAUACGGAGGCUGGUGGUGCAGCAGGCGGGCCAGGCGGACGCCGGGGAGUACAGCUGCGAGGCCGGGGGCCAGAGGCUCUCCUUCCGCCUGCACGUGGCAGAGCCCAAGGUGGUGUUUGCAAAGGAACAGCCGGCACACAGGAAGCUGCAGGUGGAGGCGGGGGCCAGUGCCAUGCUGAGCUGCGAGGUGGCCCAGGCCCAGACAGAGGUGACGUGGUACAAGGACGGGAAGAAGCUGAGAUCUGGCUCAAAAGUGCGUGUGGAGGCCGCGGGCUGCACGCGGAGGCUGGUGGUGCAGCAGGUGGGCCAAGCGGAUGCUGGGGAGUACAGCUGUGAGGCUGGGGGCCAGCGGCUCUCCUUCCAUCUGGACGUCAAAGAGCCCAAGGUGGUGUUUGCCAAGGACCAGGUGUCAUGCAGGGAGGUGCAGGCCGAGGCGGGGGCCAGCGCCACGCUGAGCUGCGAGGUGGCCCAGGCCCAGACGGAGGUGACGUGGUACAAGGACGGGAAGAAGCUGAGCGCCAGCUCAAAGGUGCAUGUGGAGGCCGCGGGCUGCACGCGGAGGCUGGUGGUGCAGCAGGUGGGCCAGGCGGAUGCCGGGGAGUACAGCUGCGAGGCCGGGGGCCAGAGGCUGUCCUUCCGCCUGCAUGUCACAGAGCCUAAGGUGGUGUUUGCCAAGGAGCAGUCAGUGCAUAAUGAGGUGCAGGCUGAGGCGGGGACCAGUGCCACACUGAGCUGUGAGGUGGCCCAGGCCCAGACGGAGGUGACGUGGUACAAGGAUGGGAAGAAACUGAGCUCCAGCUCGAAAGCGCACGUGGAGGUCAAAGGCUGCACAUGGAGGCUGGUGGUGCAACAGGCAGGCAAAGCAGAUGCUGGGGAGUACAGCUGUGAGGCUGGGGGCCAGAGAGUCUCCUUCCGCCUGCAUGUCACAGAGCCCAAGGUGGUGUUUGCCAAGGAGCAGUUGGUGUCUAAUGAGGUGCAGGCUGAGGCGGGGGCCAGUGCCACACUGAGCUGUGAGGUGGCCCAGGCCCAGACGGAGGUGACGUGGUACAAGGAUGGGAAGAAGCUGAGCUCCAGCUCGAAAGCGCGCGUGGAGGUCAAAGGCUGCACACGGAGGCUGGUGGUGCAACAGGCAGGCAAAGCAGAUGCUGGGGAGUACAGCUGUGAGGCCGGGGGCCAGAGAGUCUCCUUCCGCCUGCAUGUCACAGAGCCCAAGGUGGUGUUUGCCAAGGAGCAGUUGGUGCAUAAUGAGGUGCAGGCUGAGGCGGGGGCCAGUGCCACGAUGAGCUGUGACUUGGCCCAGGCCCAGACGGAGGUGACGUGGUACAAGGAUGGGAAGAAGCUGAGCUCCAGCUCGAAUGUGGGCAUGGAGGUCAAAGGCUGCACACGGAGACUGGUGGUGCAACAGGCAGGCAAAGCAGAUGCUGGGGAGUACAGCUGUGAGGCCGGGGGCCAGAGAGUCUCCUUCCGCCUGCAUGUCACAGAGCCCAAGGUGGUGUUUGCCAAGGAGCAGUUGGUGUCUAAUGAGGUGCAGGCUGAGGCGGGGGCCAGUGCCACACUGAGCUGUGAGGUGGCCCAGGCCCAGACGGAGGUGACAUGGUACAAGGAUGGGAAGAAGCUGAGCUCCAGCUCGAAAGCGCGCGUGGAGGUCAAAGGCUGCACACGGAGACUGGUGGUGCAACAGGCAGGCAAAGCAGAUGCUGGGGAGUACAGCUGUGAGGCCGGGGGCCAGAGAGUCUCCUUCCGCCUGCAUGUCACAGAGCCCAAGGCGGUGUUUGCGACGGAGCAGUCAGCUCAUAAUGAGGUGCAGGCUGAGGCGGGGGCCAGCGCUACCCUGAGCUGUGAGGUGGCCCAGGCCCAGACGGACGUGACGUGGUACAAGGAUGGGAAGAAGCUGAGCUCCAGCUCAAAAGUGCACAUGGAGGCCACGGGCUGCAGGCGGCAGCUGGUGGUGCAGCAGGCGGGCCAGGCGGACGCCGGGGAGUACAGCUGCGAGGCCGGGGGCCAGCGAGUCUCCUUCUGCUUGGAUGUUUCAGAGCCCAAGGCGGUGUUCGCCAAGGAGCAGCCGGCAAGCAGGGAGGUGCAGGCCCAGGCGGGGGCCGGCGCCACGCUGAGCUGCGAGGUGGCCCAGGCCCAGACGGAGGUGACGUGGUACAAGGAUGGGAAGAAGCUGAGCGCCAGUUCGAGAGUGCGCGUGGAGGCCGCGGGCUGCUCGCGGAGGCUGGUGGUGCAGCAGGCGGGCCAGGCGGACGCCGGGGAGUACAGCUGUGAGGCCGGGGGCCAGAGGCUCUCCUUCCGCCUGCACGUGGCAGAGCCCAAGGCGGUGUUUGCCAAGGAGCAGCCGGCACGCAGGGAGGUGCAGGCCGAGGCGGGGGCCGGCGCCACGCUGAGCUGCGAGGUGGCCCAGGCCCAGACGGAGGUGACAUGGUACAAGGACGGGAAGAAGCUGAGCGCCAGCUCGAGAGUGCGUGUGGAGGCCGCGGGCUGCACGCGGAGGCUGGUGGUGCAGCAGGUGGGCCAGGCGGACGCUGGGGAGUACAGCUGCGAGGCCGGGGGCCAGAGGCUCUCCUUCCGCCUGCACGUGGCAGAGCCCAAGAUGGUGUUUGCCAAGGAGCAGCCGGCACGGAGGGAGGUGCAGGCCGAGGAGGGGGCCGGUGCCACCCUGAGCUGCGAGGUGGCCCAGGCCCAGACGGAGGUGACGUGGUACAAGGACGGGAAGAAGCUGAGUGCCAGCUCGAGAGUGCGCGUGGAGGCCGCGGGCUGCACGCGGAGGCUGGUGGUGCAGCAGGCGGGCCAGGCGGACACCGGGGAGUACAGCUGCGAGGCCGGGGGCCAGAGGCUCUCCUUCCGCCUGCACGUGGCAGAGCCCAAGGUGGUGUUUGCCAAGGAGCAGCCGGCACGCAGGGAGGUGCAGGCCGAGGCGGGGGCCGGCGCCACGCUGAGCUGCGAGGUGGCCCAGGCCCAGACGGAGGUGACGUGGUACAAGGACGGGAAGAAGCUGAGCGCCAGCUCGAAAGUGCACGUGGAGGCCGCGGGCUGCACGCGGAGGCUGGUGGUGCAGCAGGCGGGCCAGGCGGAUGCCGGGGAGUACAGCUGCGAGGCCGGGGGCCAGAGGCUCUCCUUCCGCCUGCACGUGACAGAGCCCAAGGCGGUGUUUGCCAAGGAGCAGCCGGCACGCAGGGAGGUGCAGGCCGAGGCGGGGGUCAGCGCCACGCUGAGCUGCGAGGUGGCACAGGCCCAGACGGAGGUGACGUGGUACAAGGACGGGAAGAAGCUGAGCGCCAGCUCGAGAGUGCGUGUGGAGGCCGCGGGCUGCACGCGGAGGCUGGUGGUGCAGCAGACGGGCCAGGCGGACGCCGGGGAGUACAGCUGCGAGGCCGGGGGCCAGAGGCUCUCCUUCCGCCUGCACGUGGCAGAGCCGGAGCCCCUAAUUUCAGAGAGAUCUGGCCGCAGGGAGCCUCUGGUGGUCAAGGAGCAUGAGGACAUUGUGCUGACUGCCACACUGGCCACACCGUCUGUGGCUGCGGUGACUUGGCUCAAGGAUGGCGUGGAGAUUCGCCGCAGUAAGCGGCACGAGACAGCCAGCCAGGGGAACAGCCACACCCUGACCGUGCGUGGCGCCCAGUUGCUGGACAGCGCGGUCUACAGUUGCCGCGUGGGCACAGAGGGGCAGGACAUCCCCGUGCAGGUGGAAGAGGUGGCUGCCAGGUUCUGCCGGCCGCUGGAGCCCGUGUCUGGUGAGCUGGGCGGUGCGGUGACGCUGGCCUGCGAGCUGAGCCCGGCGUGUGCAGAGGUGGUGUGGCGCUGCGGCAGCACGCAGCUUCGGGCGGGCAAGCGCUUCCAGAUGGCGUCCGAGGGGCCCGUGCGCUCGCUCACUGUGUCUGGGCUGCGUGCAGAGGACGCCGGGGAGUACGUGUGCGAGAGUCGUGAUGACCGCACCAGUGCGCAGCUCACCGUCAGCGUGCCCCGAGUGGCGAAGUUCACAUCCGGGCUGAGCGCCGUGGUCGCGGCGGAGGGCCGCGAGGCCACCUUCCAGUGUGUGGUGUCCCCCAGUGACGUGGCAGUCGUGUGGUUCCGGGACGGUGCCCUGCUGCAGCCCAGCGAGAAGUUUGCCAUAUCACAGAGUGGCGCCAGCCACAGCCUGACCAUCGCGAGCCUGGCGCUGGAGGAUGCAGGCCAGAUCACCGUGGAGGCGGAAGGUGCCUCGUCCUCAGCUGCCCUGAGGGUCCGAGAGGCGCCCGUGCUGUUCAGGAGGAAGCUGGAGCCGCAGACGGUGGAGGAGCGGAGCUCAGUGACCCUGGAGGUGGAGCUGACGCGGCCCUGGCCCGAGCUGAGGUGGACGCGGAACGCCGUGGCCCUGGCACCGGGAAAGAACGUGGAGAUCCACGCCGAGGGCGCCCGCCACCGCCUGGUUCUGCACGACGUGGGUUUUGCCGACCGCGGCUUCUUUGGCUGCGAGACCCCUGACGACAAGACGCAGGCCAAACUCACGGUGGAGAUGCGUCAGGUACGGCUGGUCCGGGGCCUGCAGGCAGUGGAAGCACAGGAGCAGGGCACAGCUACCAUGGAGGUAGAGCUGUCGCACGCGGACGUGGAGGGCAGCUGGACUCGAGACGGUCUGCGGCUCCAGCAGGGGCCCACGUGCCACCUGGCUGUGCGGGGCCCCACGCACACCCUCACGCUCUCUGGGCUGCGGCCCGAGGACAGUGGCCUUGUGGUCUUCAAGGCAGAAGGCGUGCACACGUCGGCACAGCUCUCGGUCACCGAGCUGCCCGUGAGCUUCAGCCGCCCGCUGCAGGACGUGGUGACCACCGAGAAGGAGAAGGUCACCCUGGAGUGCGAGCUGUCUCGGCCUAAUGUGGAUGUGCGCUGGCUGAAGGACGGUGUGGAGCUGCGGGCUGGCAAGACAGUGGGCAUCGCGGCCCAGGGUGCCUGCAGGAGCCUCACUAUUUACCGGUGCGAGUUCACAGAUCAGGGCGUGUAUGUGUGUGAUGCCCACGACGCCCAGAGCUCCGCCUCCCUGAAGGUGCAAGGCCGCAGCAUCCAGAUCGUGAGGCCCGUGGAGGAUGUGGAGGUGAUGGAGAAGGAGGGUGCCACCUUCUCCUGCGAGGUCUCCCACGACGACGUGCCUGGCCAGUGGUUCCGGGAGGGCAGCAAACUUCGUCCCAGCGAGAACGUGCGCAUCCGUCAGGAAGGAAGGACAUACACGCUCAUCUACCGGAGGGUCCUGGCAGAAGAUGCAGGAGAGAUCAAAUUUGUAGCUGAAAAUGCAGAAUCCCGAGCCCAGCUCCGAGUGAAGGAGCUGCCAGUGACCCUCGUGCGCCCGCUGCGGGACAAGAUCGCCAUGGAGAAGCACCGCGGCGUGCUGGAGUGUCAGGUGUCCCGGGCCAGCGCCCAGGUGCGGUGGUUCAAGGGCGGUCGGGAGCUGCAGCCCGGGCCCAAGUACGAGCUGGUCAGCGAUGGCCUCUACCGCAAGCUGAUCAUCCACGACGUCCAGCCGGAGGACGAGGACACGUACACGUGCAACGCUGGCGACGUGCAGACCAGCGCACACUUCUUUGUGGAAGAGCAGUCCAUCACCAUCGUGCGGGGUCUGCAGGACGUGACGGUGAUGGAGCCCGCCCCUGCCUGGUUUGAGUGUGAGACCUCCAUCCCCUCAGUGCGGCCACCUAAGUGGCUCCUGGGGAAGACGGUGCUGCAGGAUGGGGGGAACGUGGGCCUGGAGCAGGAGGGCACGGUGCACCGGCUGACGCUGCGACGGACCUGCUCCACCAUGACCGGGCCCGUGCACUUCACCAUCGGCAAGUCCCGCUCCUCUGCCCGCCUGGUGGUCUCAGACGUUCCUGUAGUCCUCGCACGGCCGUUGGAGCCCAAGAUGGGCCGUGAGCUGCAGUCUGUGGUCCUGUCCUGCGACUUCCGGCCACCCCCCAAGGCUGUGCAGUGGUACAAGGAUGACACGCCCCUGUCUCCCUCUGAGAAGUUCAGGAUGAGCCUGGAGGGUCAGAUGGCCGAGCUUCGCAUCCUCCGGCUGGUGCCUGCCGAUGCUGGUGUCUACCGGUGCCAGGCGGGCAGUGCCCACAGCAGCGCUGAGGUCACCGUGGAAGCGCGGGAGGUGGCAGUGACGGAACCACUGCGGGACGUGGAGGCCACGGAGGAAGGCCGGGCCAGCUUCUCCUGUGAGCUGUCCCACGAGGACGAGGAGGUCGAGUGGUCGCUCAAUGAGUCGCCCCUGUACAACGACAGCUUCCACGAGAUCUCCCACGAGGGCCGGCACCACAGCCUGGUGCUGAAGAGCGUCAGGAGGGCCGACGCGGGCACAGUGCGCGCCUCCUCCCACAAGGUGUCCACCUCUGCCCGCCUGGAGGUCCGAGCAAAGCCGGUCGUGUUCCUGAAGGCGCUGGACGACCUGUCGGCCGAGGAGCGUGGCACCCUGGCCCUGGAGUGUGAGGUCUCUGACCCCGAGGCCCCUGUGCUGUGGCGCAAGGACGGCGUGCAGCUGGGCCCCAGCGACAAGUAUGACUUCCUGCACACGGCGGGCACGCGGGGGCUCGUGGUGCACGACCUGAGCCCUGAGGACGCCGGCCUGUACACCUGCCACGUGGGCGCCGAGGAGACCCGGGCCCGGGUCAGCGUGCACGAUCUGCACGUGGGCAUCACCAAGAGACUGAAGACAGCGGAGGUGCUGGAGGGGCAGAGCUGCAGCUUCGAAUGCGUCCUGUCUCACGAGAGCGCCAGCGACCCGGCCACGUGGAUAGUCAGCGGGAAGACCGUGGGCAGCUGCAGCCGCUUCGAGGCCACACGGCAGGGCCGAAAAUAUGUGCUAGUGGUCCGGGAGGCUGCGUGCAGUGAUGCCGGGGAGGUGGUCUUCUCUGUGCGAGGCCUCACCUCCAAGGCCUCACUCAUCGUCAAAGAGAGGCCGGUGGCCAUCACGAAGCCCCUGGAAGACCAGCGGGCAGCGCCAGGGGAGGACGUGGAGCUGCGCUGUGAGCUGUCGCGGGCAGGUGCCCCCGUGCGCUGGCUGAAGGAUGGGAAGGCCAUCCGAAAGAGCCAGAAGUAUGACGUGGUCUGCAAGGACACGAUAGCCACACUGGUCGUCCGUGGAGCCUCACUCAAGGACGUGGGCGAGUACACGUGUGAGGUGGAGGCUUCCAAGAGCACAGCCAGACUCCACGUGGAAGAAAAAGCGAACCGCUUCACAGAGGAGCUGGCCGACCUGCGGGUGGAGGAGGCGGGCACGGCUGUGUUCACGUGCAAGACGGAGCACCCCGCGGCCACCGUGACCUGGCGCAAGGGCCCCUCAGAGCUUCGGGCCUCAGAGAAGCACCAGCUCAGCCAGGAGGGCCUGACCCUGCGGCUCACCGUCAGCGCCCUGGAGAAGACAGACAGCGACACGUACACCUGUGACAUCGGCCAGGCCCGGACCCAGGCCCGGCUCCUGGUGCAAGGCCGGCGGGUGCAGGUCAUUGAGGAUCUGGAGGACGUGGACGUGCAGGAGGGCUCCUCGGCCACCUUCCGCUGCCGGAUCUCCCCUGCCAACUACGAGCCUGUGCGCUGGUUCCUGGACAGGACACCCCUGCACACGAAUGAACUCAAUGAGAUCGAGGCCCAGCCCGGGGGCUACCACGUGCUGACGCUGCGGCAACUGGCGCUCAAGGACUCUGGCACCAUCUACUUUGAGGCGGGUGACCAGCGGGCCUCGGCUGCCCUGAGGGUCACUGAGAAGCCAAGCGUCUUCUCCCGGGAGCUCGCAGAUGCCACGGUCACAGAGGGUGAGGACUUGACCCUUGCAUGCGAGACCAGCACCCGCGACAUCCCCGUGCACUGGACAAAGGAUGGGAAGACCCUGCGGCCGUCCGCCCGCUGCCAGCUGAGCCACGAGGGCCACUGGGCCCAGCUGCUCAUCACUGGGGCCACCCUGCAGGACAGCGGACGCUACAAGUGUGAGGCCGAGGGCGCCUGCAGCAGCUCCAUCGUCAGGGUGCAUGCCCGGCCGGUGCGGUUCCGGGAGGCCCUGAAGGACCUGGAGGCGCUGGAGGGUGGUGCUGCCACACUGCGCUGCAUGCUGUCGUCUGUGGCCGCACCCGUGGAGUGGCGCUGCGGGGACAGUGUGCUGAGGCCAGGUGACAAGUACAGCCUACGCCAGGAGGGCGCCGUGCUGGAGCUGGUGGUCCGGGACCUGCGGCCGCAGGACAGUGGGCUGUACUCAUGCUCCUUCGGGGACCAGACGACUUCUGCCACCCUCACAGUGACAGCUCUGCCUGCUCAGUUCAUUGGGAAACUGAGGAACAAGGAGGCCACGGAAGGGGCCACGGCCACGCUGCGGUGUGAGCUGAGCAAGGCAGCCCCCGUGGAGUGGAGGAAGGGGUCCGAGACCCUUAGAGAUGGGGACAGGCACUGCCUGAGGCAGGACGGGGCCGUGUGUGAGCUGCAGAUCCGUGGCCUGGCCGUGGUGGACGCCGGGGAGUACUCGUGCGUGUGUGCGGAGCAGAGCACCUCCGCCGUGCUCACUGUCAGGGCCACGCCUGCCCACUUCAUAGGAAGACUGAGACACCAAGAGGCCACGGAAGGGGCCACAGCCAUGCUGCGGUGUGAGCUGAGCAAGGCGGCCCCCGUGGAGUGGAGGAAGGGGCCUGAGAGCCUCAGAGACGGGGACAGACACAGCCUGAGGCAGGACGGGGCCGUGUGUGAGCUGCAGAUCCGUGGCCUGGCCGUGGCGGAUGCUGGGGAGUACUCGUGCGUGUGUGGGGAGCAGAGGACGUCCGCCAUGCUCACCGUGAAGGCCCUGCCGGCCAGGUUCACAGAGGGUCUGCGGAAUGAAGAGGCCGAGGAAGGGGCCACAGCCACGCUGCGGUGUGAACUGAGCAAGGCAGCCCCCGUGGAGUGGAGAAAGGGGCCUAAGAACCUCAGAGAUGGGGACAGACACAUCCUGAGGCAGGAGGGGAUGAGAUGUGAGCUGCAGAUCUGUGGCCUAGCCAUGGCGGACGCCGGGGAGUACUCGUGCGUGUGUGGGCAGGAGAAGACGUCAGCCACGCUCACUGUCAGGGCCCUGCCUGCCAGGUUCAUAGAAGACGUGAGAAGCCAGGAGGCCAGAGAAGGGGCCACGGCCAUGCUGCGGUGUGAGCUGAGCAAGGCGGCCCCCGUGGAGUGGAGGAAGGGGUCUGAGAGCCUCAGAGAUGGGGACAGAUACAGCCUGAGGCGGGACGGGACCAGGUGUGAGCUGCAGAUCCGUGGGCUAUCCGUGGCAGACACUGGGGAGUACUCGUGCGUGUGUGGACAGGAGAGGACAUCAGCCACUCUCACCGUCAGGGCCCUGCCUUCCAAGUUCAUAGAGGGUCUGAGGAAUGAAGAGGCCACAGAAGGGGCCACGGCCACGCUGCGGUGUGAGCUGAGCAAGGCGGCCCCCGUGGAGUGGAGGAAGGGGUCUGAGAGCCUCAGAGAUGGGGACAGAUACAGCCUGAGGCAGGACGGGACCAGGUGUGAGCUGCAGAUCCGUUUGCUGUCUGUGGCAGACACUGGAGAAUACUUGUGUGUGUGCGGGCAGGAGAGGACGUCAGCCAUGCUCAUCGUCAGGGCCCUGCCUGCCAGAUUCACUCAAGAUCUGAAGUCCAUGGAGGCCUCAGAAGGGGCCACGGCUGUGCUGCAGUGUGAGCUGAGCAAGGUAUCCCCUGUGGAGUGGAAGAAGGGUCCUGAGACCCUCAGAGAUGGGAGCAGAUACAGCCUGAAGCAGGAUGGGACGAGGUGUGAGCUGUACAUCCACAGCCUGGCUGUGGCUGAUGCUGGAGAAUACUCGUGCAUGUGUGGACGGGAGAAGACCUCAGCCAUGCUCACCAUCAGGGCCCUGCCUGCCAGGUUCACAGAGGGUCUGAGGAACAAAGAGGCCAAGGAAGGGGCCACAGCCACCCUGCAAUGUGAGCUGAGCAAGGCAGCCCCUGUGGAGUGGAGGAAAGGACUCGAGGCUCUCAGAGAUGGGGACAGAUACAGCCUGAGACAGGACGGGGCCAUGUGUGAGCUGCAGAUUCACCGCCUGGCUGUGGCAGAUACUGGGGUGUACUCAUGUGUGUGUGGGCAGGAGAAGACCUCAGCUACACUCACAGUCAGGGCCCUGCCUGCCAGAUUCAUAGAGGAUGUGAGAAGCCAGAAGGCCACAGAAGGGGCUACAGCCACCCUGCAAUGUGAGCUGAGCAAGGCGGCCCCUGUGGAGUGGAGAAAGGGGCCCAGCACCCUCACAGAUGGGGACAGAUACAGCCUGAGGCAGGACGGGACCAGGUGUGAGCUGCAGAUUCGUGGCCUAGUCACAGCAGAUGCUGGAGAAUACUCGUGCAUAUGUGGGCAGGAGAAGACCUCAGCCACGCUCACUGUCAGGGCCCUGCCUGCCAGAUUCAUAGAAGAUGUGAGAAACCAAGAGGCCAGAGAAGGGGCCACGGUUGUGCUGCAGUGUGAGCUGAGCAAAGCAGCCCCCGUGGAGUGGAGGAAGGGGUCUGAGACUCUCAGAGAUGGGGACAGAUACAGCCUGAGGCAGGAUGGGACGAGGUGUGAGCUCCAGAUUCGUGGCCUGGCUGUGGAGGACACUGGAGAGUAUUUGUGUGUGUGUGGGCAGGAGAGGACCUCAGCUACACUCACUGUCAGGGCCCUGCCUGCCAGAUUCAUAGACAACAUGACAAACCAGGAGGCCACAGAAGGGGCCAUGGCCACGCUGCGGUGUGAACUGAGCAAGGCGGCCUCCGUGGAGUGGAGGAAGGGGUCUGAGACUCUCCGAGAUGGGGACAGACACAGCCUGAGGCAAGACGGGACCAGAUGUGAGCUGCAGAUUUGUGGUCUGGCUGUGGCAGAUGCUGGGGAGUACUCGUGCGUGUGUGGGCAGGAGAGGACGUCAGCCACACUCACCAUCAAGGCCUUGCCUGCCAAGUUCACAAAGGGUCUGAGGAAUGAAGAGGCCACGGAAGGGGCCAUGGCCAUGCUGCGGUGUGAGCUGAGCAAGGCGGCCCCUGUGGAGUGGAGGAAGGGAACGGAAAUCCUCAGAGAUGGGGACAGACACAGCCUGAGGCAGGACGGGUCCAGAUGUGAGCUGCAGAUCCGUGACCUGGCUGUGGCAGAUGCCGGGGAGUACUCGUGCGUGUGCGGGCAGGAGAGGACCUCAGCUAUGCUGACCGUCAGGGCCCUGCCUGCCAGGUUCAUAGAAGACAUGAGAAGCCAGGAGGCCAGAGAAGGGGCCACGGCCACGCUGCGGUGUCAGCUGAGCAAGGCGGCCCCCGUGGAGUGGAGGAAGGGAUCUGAGAGCCUCAGAGAUGGGGACAGAUACAGCCUGAGGCGGGACGGGACCAGGUGUGAGCUGCAGAUCCGUGGGCUAUCCGUGGCAGACACUGGGGAGUACUCGUGUGUGUGCGGGCAGGAGAGGACAUCAGCCAUGCUCACUGUCAAGGCCCCACAGUCCGUGUUCCGGGAGCCACUGAAGAGUCUGCAGGUGGAGGAGGGCUCCAGCGCCAGCCUGCGGUGUGAGCUGUCUGAGCCCGCCACUGCAGUGGUCUGGAGCAAGGGUGGCCUGGAGCUGCAGGCCGACGGGCACCGGGAGCCACGGCUUCAGGGCUGCAUGGCGGAGCUGGUGUUACGGGACCUGCUGCGUGAAGACACCGGCGAGUACACCUGCACCUGCGGCUCCCAGAGCACCAGCGCCACCCUCACCGUCACAGCGGCACCUGUGAGGUUCCUCCAAGGGCUGCAGCCCCAGGAGGUGGACGAGGGCGACACGGCGCGCCUGCGCUGCGAGCUGAGCCGGCCGGGCGCCAGCGUGGAGUGGCGCAAGGGCUCCCUGCAGCUCUUCCCUUGUGCCAAGUACCAGAUGGUGCAGGACGGGGCCGCUGCGGAGUUGCUGGUACGCGGUGUGGAGCAGGAGGACACGGGCGACUACACGUGCGACACGGGCCACACGCAGAGCACAGCCAGCCUCUCCGUCCGUGUCCCCAGGCCCAAGUUCACGACCCGGCUGCAGAGCCUGGAGCAGCAGGCAGGUGCCGUAGCCCGGCUGUGCUGUCAGCUGAGCGACACAGAGCGGGGGGCCACGGUGCAAUGGCUCAAGGAGGGCGUGGAGCUGCAUGCGGGCCCCAAGUAUGAGAUGAGGAGCCAGGGGGCCACGCGGGAGCUGCUGAUCCACCAACUGGAGCCUAAGGACACGGGCGAGUAUGCCUGUGUGACAGGUGGCCAGAAAACCGCUGCCUCCCUCCGGGUCACAGAGCCCGAAGUGACCAUUGUGCGGGGGCUGGUUGACGCGGAGGUGCCUGCCGACGAGGAUGUUGAGUUCAGCUGUGAGGUGUCCCGGGCCGGAGCCACAGAUGUGCAGUGGUGCCUGCAGGGCCUGCCGCUGCAAAGCAACGAGGUGACAGAGGUGGCCGUGCGGGAUGGCCGCAUCCACACCCUGCGGCUGAAGGGCGUGACGCCUGAGGACGCCGGCACUGUCUCCUUCCGCGUGGGCGGCCACGCUUCUUCCGCCCAGCUCACUAUCAGAGCUCCUGAGGUGACCAUCCUGGAGCCCCUGCAGGACGUGCAGCUCAGUGAGGGCCAGGAUGCCAGCUUCCAGUGCCGGCUAUCCAGAGCCUCGGGCCAGGAAGCCCGCUGGGCUUUAGGAGGCGUGCCCCUGCAGGCCAACGAGAUGAACGACAUCGCUGUGGAGCAGGGCACACUCCACCUGCUCACCCUACACAAGGUGACCCUUGAGGAUACUGGAACUGUCAGCUUCCACGUGGGCACGUGUAGCUCCGAGGCCCAGCUGAAGGUCACAGCCAAGAACACGGUGGUGCGGGGGCUGGAGAACGUGGAGGCGCUGGAGGGCGGCGAGGCGCUGUUUGAGUGCCAGCUGUCCCAGCCCGAGGUGGCCGCCCACAGCUGGCUGCUGGACGACGAGCCCGUGCGCACCUCAGAGAACGCCGAGGUGGUCUACUUUGAGAACGGCCUGCGCCACCUGCUGCUUCUCAAAAACUUGCGGCCCCAGGACAGCUGCCGGGUGACCUUCCUGGCUGGGGACAUGGUGACCUCUGCGUUCCUCACGGUCCGAGGCUGGCGCCUGGAGAUCCUGGAGCCGCUGAAGGACGCGGUGGUCCCGGCCGGCGCGCAGGCCCGCUUCACCUGCACGCUCAGCGAGGCGGUGCCGGUGGGAGAGGCGUCCUGGUACAUCAACGGCGCGGCGGUGCAGCCGGACGAUGCGGACUGGACGGUCACCGCCGACGGCAGUCACCACGCCCUGCUGCUGCGCGGCGCCCAGCCCCACCACGCCGGGGAGGUCACCUUCGCUUGCCGCGACGCCGUGGCCUCUGCGCGGCUCACUGUGCUGGGCCUCCCUGAGCCCCCAGAGGAUGCUGAGGUGGUGGCUCGCAGUGGCCAUGCAGUGACACUGUCUUGGGCGGCUCCCACGAGCGAUGGAGGUGGUGGUCUCUGUGGCUACCGCGUGGAGGUGAAGGAGGGGGCCACUGGCCAGUGGCGGCUAUGCCACGAUCUGGUGCCUGGACCCGAGUGUGUGGUGGAUGGUCUCUCCCCUGGGGAGACCUACCGCUUCCGUGUGGCAGCUGUGGGCCCUGCGGGCGCCGGGGAGCCGGUGCACCUGCCCCAGACUGUGCAACUUGCAGAGCCACCAAAGCCUGUGCCUCCCCAGCCCUCAGCUCUUGAGAGCCGGCAGGUGGCAGCGGGUGAGGAUGUCUGUCUGGAGCUCGAGGUGGCCGCUGAGGCUGGCGAGGUCGUCUGGCACAAAGGGACGGAGCGCAUCCAACCCAGUGGGCGCUUCGAGCUGGUCUCCCAGGGUCGGCGACAGAUGCUGGUGAUCAGGGGCUUCACGGCAGAAGACGAGGGCGAGUACCGCUGUGGUCUGGCCCAGGGCUCCGCCUGCCCCGAGGCUGCCACCUUCCAGGUGGUGCUGAGCCCAGCCUCUGUGGAUGAGGCCCCCCCGCAGCCCAGCCUGCCCCCCGAGGCCGCUCAGGAGGGCGACCUGCACCUGCUGUGGGAGGCCCUGGCUCGAAGGCGGCGCAUGAGCCGUGAGCCCACGCUGGACUCCAUCAGCGAGCUGCCCGAGGAGGACGGCCGCUCGCAGCGCCUGCCCCGGGAGGCAGAGGAGGUGGCUCCUGACUUCUCCGAAGGCUACUCCACGGCCGAUGAGCUGGCACGCACCGGAGAGGCUGACCUCUCACACACCAGCUCUGAUGACGAGUCCCGGGCAGGCACCCCUUCCCUGGUCACCUACCUCAAGAAGGCCGGGAGGCCAGGCACGUCACCACUGGUCAGCAAGGUCGGGGCCCCAGCAGCCCCCUCUGUGAAGCCACAGGAGCAGCAGGAGCCGCUGGCUGCUGUGCGCCCACCACGGGGAGACCUGGAGGACCCCUCAGUGGACAAGGCAGCUGUGAAGAUCCAGGCCGCCUUUAAGGGCUACAAGGUUCGGAAAGAGAUGAAGCAGCAGGAAGGGCCCGUGUUCUCCCACACAUUUGGGGACACUGAGGCACAGGUGGGGGAUGCCCUGCGGCUGGAGUGUGUUGUGGCCAGCAAGACAGAUGCGCGAGCCCGCUGGCUGAAGGAUGGCAUGGAGCUGACGGAUGGGCGGCACCAUCACAUCGACCAGCUUGGGGAUGGCACCUGCUCUCUGCUGAUUACUGGCCUAGGCCGUGCUGAUGCUGGCCACUACACCUGCCAGGUGAGCAACAAGUUUGGCCAGGUAGCCCACAGUGCCUGCGUGGUGGUCAGCGGCACAGAGAGUGAGGCUGAGAGCUCCUCCGGGGGUGAGCUGGACGAUACCUUCCGCCGGGCCGCCCGGCGGCUGCACCGGCUCUUCCGCACCAAGAGCCCGGCCGAGGUUUCAGACGAGGAACUCUUCCUGAGCGCAGACGAGGGCCCUGCGGGGCCAGAGGAGCCCGCAGACUGGCAGACAUACCACGAAGACGAGCAUUCCAUCCGCAUCCGUUUUGAGGCACUCGCCGAGGCCCGCCAGGCGGUAACCCGCUUCCAGGAGAUGUUUGCCACGCUGGGCAUUGGAGUGGAGAUCAACCUUGUGGAGCAGGGGCCCCGGAGGGCGGAGCUGCACAUCAGCAAAGAGGCCCCUGCCCCUGCGGCACCUCCAGAGCCUGCGCCCAGCCUGCUGACUUCGGGUGCCGCCCCGGUGUUCCUGACCGAGUUGCAGAACCAAGAAGUGCAGGAUGGGUAUCCUGUGAGCUUUGACUGCGUGGUGACAGGUCAGCCCAUGCCCAGCGUGCGCUGGUUCAAGGAUGGGAAGUUGUUGGAGGAGAAUGACCACUACAUGAUUAAUGAAGACCAGCAGGGUGGCCAUCAGCUCAUCAUCACAGCCGUGGUGCCAGCAGACAUGGGUGUCUACCGCUGCCUGGCUGAGAACAGCAUGGGGGUCUCCUCCACCAAGGCCGAGCUCCGUGUGGACCUGACAAGCACAGACUACGAAACUGCAGCGGAUGCCACGGAGUCCUCGUCCUACUUCAGUGCCCAAGGCUACCUGUCCAGCCGGGAGCAGGAGGGGACAGAGUCCACCGGUGACGAAGGCCAGCUGCCCCAGGUGGUAGAGGAGCUGAGAGACCUCCGGGUGGCCCCUGGCACGCGCCUGGCCAAGUUCCAGCUGAAGGUGAAAGGCUACCCAGCUCCCAGGUUAUACUGGUUCAAAGACGGCCAGCCCCUGACCGCAUCCACCCACAUCCGCAUGACUGACAAGAAGACCCUGCACACCCUGGAGGUCAUCUCCGUCACCCGGGAGGACGCUGGCCAGUACGCGGCCUACAUCAGCAACGCCACGGGCGCCGCCUACUCAUCUGCGCGGCUGCUGGUCCAAGGCCCCGAUGAACCAGAAGAGAAGCCUGCAUCAGAUGUGCGUAAGCAGCUGGUGCCACCCCGAAUCUUGGAGAGGUUCACCCCUAAGAAAGUGAAGAAGGGCUCCAGCAUCACCUUCUCUGUGAAGGUGGAAGGAUGCCCGGCACCCACCGUGCACUGGCUCAGGGAGGCGGCUGAGAGGGGCGUGCUAUGGAUUGGUCCCGACACGCCGGGCUACACUGUGGCCAGCUCGGCGCAGCAGCACAGCCUGGUCCUGCUGGACGUGGGCCGGGAGCACCAGGGCACCUACACAUGCAUCGCCAGCAACGCGGCUGGCCAGGCCGUCUGCUCCGCCAGCCUGCACGUCUCUGGUCUGCCUAAGGUGGAGGAGCAGGAGAAAGUGAAGGAAGCGCCGAUUUCCACUUUCCUGCAGGGGACCACACACGCUGUCACAGCCCAGGGCUUGGAACCUGCGGGUUUGGCUGACCUUGCGGGGCAGAGGAAAGGAGAGCCUCUGGCUGCCAAGGAGACCCUGGGCCACCUAUCCCUCGCCGAGGUGGGCACAGAGGAGUUCCUGCAGAAACUGACCUCCCAGAUCACCGAGAUGGUAUCGGCCAAGAUCACGCAGGCCAAGCUGCAGGUGCCCGGAGGCGACAGCGACGAGGAGUCCAGGACGCCAUCUGCGUCCCCGCGGCACGGCCGGUCACGGCCAUCCUCCAGCGUCCAGGAGUCGUCCUCGGAGUCAGAGGACGGGGACGCCCGAGGCGAGAUCUUUGAUAUCUACGUGGUCACCGCCGACUACCUGCCCCUGGGGGCCGAGCAGGACGCCAUUGCGCUGCGGGAAGGCCAGUACGUGGAGGUGCUGGACGCCGCUCACCCGCUGCGCUGGCUGGUCCGCACCAAGCCCACCAAGUGCAGCCCCUCGCGGCAGGGCUGGGUAUCACCUGCUUACCUAGACAAGAGGCUCAAGCUGUCGCCUGAGUGGGGGGCCGCCGAGGCCCCCGAGUUUCCCGGGGAGGCGGUGUCUGAAGACGAGUACAGGGCGAGGCUGAGCUCUGUGAUCCAGGAGCUGCUGAGCUCCGAGCAGGCCUUCGUGGAGGAGCUGCAGUUCCUGCAGAGUCACCACCUGCAGCACCUGGAGCGCUGCCCCCACGUGCCCUCGGCUGUGGCCAGCCAGAAAGCAGUCAUCUUCCGCAACGUACAGGACAUCACCCGCUUCCACGGCAGCUUCCUGCAGGAGCUGCGGCACUGCGACACAGACGACGACGUGGCCAUGUGCUUCAUCAAGAACCAGGCGGCCUUUGAGCAGUACCUGGAGUUCCUGGUGGGGCGCGUGCAGGCCGAGUCGGUGGUCGUCAGUACAGCCGUCCAGGAGUUCUACAAGACAUACGCGGAGGAGACCCUGUCGGCAGGAGACCCCUCUCGGCCCCUGCUGCCGCCCCUGCAGCACUACCUGGAGCAGCCGGUGGAACGCGUGCAGCGCUACCAGGCCUUGCUGAAGGAGCUGAUCCGCAACAAGGCGCGGAACAGACAGAACUGUGCGCUGCUGGAGCAGGCCUACGCCGUGGUGUCCGCCCUGCCGAAGCGCGCCGAGGACAAGCUGCACGUGUCCCUCAUGGAGAACUACCCCGGCACCCUGGAGGCCCUGGGCGAGCCCGUCCGCCAGGGCCACUUCAUCGUGUGGGAGGGCGCGCCAGGGGCCCGCAUGCCCUGGAAGGGCCACAACCGCCACGUGUUCCUCUUCCGCAACCACCUGGUGAUCUGCAAGCCCCGGCGGGACUCCCGCACCGACACCUUCAGCUACGUGUUCCGGAACAUGAUGAAGCUGAGCAGCAUCGACCUGAACGACCAGGUGGAGGGGGACGACCGUGCCUUCGAGGUGUGGCAGGAGCGGGAGGACUCGGUGCGCAAGUACCUGCUGCAGGCACGGACGACCGUCAUCAAGAACUCGUGGGUGAAGGAGAUCUGUGGCAUCCAGCAGCGUCUGGCCCUGCCUGUGUGGCGGCCCCCGGACUUUGAGGAGGAGCUGGCCGACUGCACAGCCGAGCUGGGCGAGACGGUCAAGCUGGCCUGCCGCGUCACGGGCACACCCAAGCCCAUCGUCAGCUGGUACAAAGAUGGGAAGCCAGUGGAGGUGGACCCGCACCACAUCCUCAUCGAGGACCCUGAUGGCUCGUGCGCCCUCAUCCUGGACAGCCUGACCGGUGUGGACUCCGGCCAGUACAUGUGCUUUGCGGCCAGUGCCGCCGGCACCUGCAGUACCCUGGGCAAGAUCCUGGUGCAGGUCCCACCACGGUUCGUGAACAAGGUCCGGGCCUCGCCCUUUGUGGAGGGAGAGGACGCCCAGUUCACCUGCACCAUUGAAGGCGCGCCGUACCCACAGAUCAGGUGGUACAAGGACGGGGCCCGGCUGACCCCUGGCAGCAAGAUCCAGAUGCUGAGUGAUCCCCGCAGCGGCCUGCUGGUGCUGGUGAUCCGGGCAGCCAGCGAGGAGGACAUGGGGCUCUAUGAGUGUGAGCUGGUGAACCGGCUGGGCUCCACGAGGGCCAGCGCGGAGCUGUGCGUUCAGAGCCCCGCGUUGCAGGCCCGGGAGAAGCACCACAGGGAGCAGCUCAUGGCUGCCAUGGAAGAUACCACCCUGAAGAAAGAGGACCAGGAGGUCACCUCCGUCCUGGAGAGACUGCUGGGCCCCAAGGUGCCAGGGCCCUCCACAGGGGACCUCGUCGGCCCCGGCCCCUGCCCCGGGAUGGCACCUCCACUCCAGGAAGCCAGCUCCCAGCCCCCAGUCACCAGAACUUCAGAAGCACCCGCCGGGCCCCCGAGGAUGCCACAGCCCCUCAUCCACGAAGCCCCAGAGCAGGAGCCCGAGGCCUGUGCCAGAGCCCAGGAGCGGACUGUGCCCAUUCGGAUAGAGGGCGCGGCCUGGCCCGGGGCAGGCACAGGGGAGCUGCUCUGGGACGUCCACAGCCACGUGGUCACGGAGACCACGCAGACGACCUACACAUACCGGGCCGUGGACACGCACACUGCACGGCCCCCAUCCAUGCAGGUGACCAUCGAGGAUGUGCAGGCGCAGACAGGUGGCACGGCCCAAUUCCAGGCUGUCAUCGAGGGCGACCCACAGCCCACAGUGACCUGGUACAAGGACAGCGUCCAGCUGGUGGACAGCGCCCGGCUUAGCCAGCAGCAGGAAGGCACUGCGUACUCCCUGGUGCUGAGGGAUGUGUCCUCGAGGGACGCCGGCGUCUACACGUGCUUGGCCCAAAACGCCGGUGGCCGGGUGCUCUGCAAGGCAGAGCUGCUGGUGCUUGGGGGGGACAGUGAGCCGGACUCAGAGAAGCACAGCCCGCGGAGGAGGCUGCACUCCUUCUACGAGGUCAAGGAGGAGAUCGGAAGGGGCGUGUUUGGCUUCGUGAAGAGAGUGCAGCACAAAGGGAACAGGAUCUCCUGUGCUGCCAAGUUCAUCCCCCUGCGGAGCAGAACUCGGGCCCAGGCGUACAGGGAGCGAGACAUCCUGGCCACGCUGAGCCACCCGCUGGUCACAGGGCUGCUGGACCAGUUUGAGACCCGCAAGACCCUCAUCCUCGUUCUGGAGCUGUGCUCGUCCGAGGAGCUGCUGGACCGCCUGUUCAGGAAGGGCGUGGUGACAGAGGCCGAGGUCAAGGUCUACAUCCAGCAGCUGGCGGAGGCGCUGCACUACCUGCACAGCCACGGCGUCAUCCACCUGGACAUAAAGCCCCCUAACAUCCUGAUGCUGCAUCCCGCCCGGGAAGACAUUAAGAUCUGCGACUUCGGCUUCGCGCAGAGCAUCACCCCGGCAGAGCCGCAGUUCAGCCAGUACGGCUCCCCCGAGUUCGUCUCCCCCGAGAUCAUCCAGCAGACCCCUGUGAGCGAGGCCUCCGACAUCUGGGCCAUGGGUGUCAUCUCCUACCUCAGCCUGACCUGCUCGUCCCCGUUUGCUGGCGAGAGUGACCGUGCGACCCUCCUGAAUGUCCUGGAGGGGCGUGUGUCAUGGAGCAGCCCCAUGGCGGCCCACCUCAGCGAAGACGCCAAGGACUUCAUCAAGGCUGCGCUGCAGAGGGACCCGCGGGCCCGACCCAGUGCGGCCCAGUGCCUCUCCCACCCCUGGUUCCUGAAAUCCGUGCCUGCCGAGGAGGCCCACUUCAUCAACACCAAGCAGCUCAAGUUCCUCCUGGCCCGAAGCCGCUGGCAGCGUUCCUUGAUGAGCUACAAGUCCAUCCUGGUCAUGCGCUCCAUCCCUGAGCUGCUGCAGGGCGCGCCCGACAGCCCCUCCCUCGGCGUGGCCCGGCACCUCCGCACAGACGCUGGCGGCUCCUCCAGCUCCUCCUCCUCCUCCGACAAUGAGCUCGCCCCGUUUCCCCGGGCCAAGUCGCUGCCACCCUCCCCGGUGACGCACUCGCCGCUGCUGCACCCCCGGGGCUUCCUGCGGCCCUCGGCCAGCCUGCCUGAGGAGGCUGAGGCCCCCGGUCAGCCCGCGUCGCCCGAGGGUGCUGGGCCACAGGCAGCCCAGGGCUGUGUGCCCCGGCACAGCGUCAUCCGCAGCCUGUUCUACCAGCAGGCAGGUGAGGGCCCCGAGCGCGGGGCCCCGGCCCCAGGGAGCAGGCGGCACCCAGCCCGACGGCGGCACCUGCUGAAGGGCGGGUACAUCGCGGGGGCGCUGCCGGGCCUGCGAGAGCCGCUGAUGGAGUGCCGUGCGCUGGAAGAGGAGGCCGCCAGGGAGGAGCAGGCCAGCCUCCCGGCCGAAGCGUCCUCCUUUGAGACCGCCCUCCAGCUGCCUGCCCCUGGCACCCACGCGGCCCCUGGCCGCAGCCGCUCCCUGGCACAUGACCCUCCGAGCAUCCCCCGCCCCUCCCUGGGGGCCUGUGGUGAGGCACAGCGACUGCCUCCAGCCCCCUCCAGUGGGGCCCCUGCCAGGGACGUGGGGCACCCUCAAGGCUCUGAGCAGCUUCCAUCCACUGGAGGCCACCUAGGCACUGCUCAGCCAGAGGGGCCAUCCCUGGACAGCCCUUUGGGGCAGCCGGCCCCUUUCUGUCACCCCAAGCAGGAUUCUGGCCCCCAGGAGGGCCGCAGCCCCCACUGGGCACUUGCCCCACACCCUCCCGGCUCCUUCCCUCCAGGAUCUUGUGAAGAGGCCACCUCAGUACCCUCGAGCCACCUCCUGGGACAGCCUGAGGCACCCCCCGCCCCAGCCCAAGCAAGCCCCCCGCUAGACUCUAAGAUGGGGCCGAAACCCAGCCCCUGCAGUUCUCCAGGGCCAGCCCCCCAGGCGAGCUCUUCCCAAGUGAGCUCCCACAGGAUGGGCUCCCCGGAGGUGGGUGCAGAGCCUGGCCCCUCCCUGGACGCUGAGGGCUGGUCCCAGGAGGCUGAGGAUCUCUCGCCCACCCCAAAGCGGCCUCAGGAGCAGGCCACCACACGGAAGUUCUCCCUGGAGCGUCACGGGGGCUAUGCCGGCGUGGCUGGCUAUGGCACCUUUGCCUUCGGCGGGGAUGCGGGAGGCAUGCUGGGGCAGGGACCCAUGUGGGCCAGGAUGGCCUGGGCUGUGUCCCAGUCCUCGGAGGAGCAGGAGGAGGCCAGGGCUGAGAGCCCGCUGCCCCAGGCCAGUCCAAGGCCCAUGCCUGAGGCCAGCAGGACUCCCGCGGGGACCCCUCCAGAGCCCUCCCCCUGGGAGGACGCCGGGCAGGUCUCCCUGGUCCAGAUCCGGGACCUGUCAGGUGACGCAGAGGCGGCCGACACAGUAUCCUUGGACAUUUCCGAGGUAGACCCCGCCUACCUCAACCUCUCGGACCUGUACGACAUCAAGUAUCUCCCGUUCGAGUUUAUGAUCUUCAGGAAAGUCCCCAAGCCGGCUCAGCCAGAGCCACCCUCCCCCAGGGCUGAGGAGGAGCUGGCCGAGAUCCCAGAGCCCGAGUGGCCCUGGCCGGGUGAACUGGGGCCCCAGGCGGGCCUGGAGAUCACGGAGGGGCCGGAGGACGUGGAGGCGCUGCUGGCGGAGGCUGCCGCGGGCAGGAAGCGCAAGUGGAUCUCGCCGUCUCGCGGCCUCUUCCGCCUCCCUGGGAGGCACGUGCCGCUGAACGAGCCGUCGGAGCUGGGGCUGCGUGAGAGAGUGAAGGCCUCGGUGGAGCACAUCUCCCGGAUCCUGAAGGGCAGGCCGGAAGCUCUGGAGAAGGAGGGGCCCCCCAGGAAGAAGCCAGGCCUUGCUUCUUUCCGGCUCUCAGGUCUGAAGAGCUGGGACCGAGCGCCGACAUUCCUAAGGGAGCUCUCAGAUGAGACUGUGGUCCUCGGCCAGUCAGUGACUCUGGCCUGCCAGGUAUCGGCCCAGCCAGCUGCCCAGGCCACCUGGAGCAAAGACGGGGUCCCCCUGGAAAGCAGCAGCCGCACCCUCAUCUCGGCCACCCGCAAGAACUUCCAGCUUCUGACCAUUCUGGUGGUGGCAGCUGAGGACCUGGGUGUGUACACGUGCAGCGUGAGCAACGCACUGGGGACAGCAGCCACCACGGGCGUCCUCCGGAAGGCAGAGCGCCCCUCAUCCUCACCAUGCCCGGACAUCGGGGAGGUGUACGCGGACGGGGUGCUGCUGGUCUGGAAGCCCGUGGAGUCCUAUGGCCCUGUCACCUACAUUGUGCAGUGCAGCCUAGAAGGCGGCAGCUGGACCACACUGGCCUCCGACAUCUUCGACUGCUGCUACCUGACCAGCAAGCUCUCCCGGGGCGGCGUGUACACCUUCCGCACGGCAUGCGUCAGCAAGGCAGGCAUGGGCCCCUACAGCAGCCCCUCGGAGCAAGUCCUCCUGGGAGGGCCCAGCCACCUGGCCUCUGAGGAGGAGAGCCAGCGGCAGCCAGCCCAACCCCUGCCCAGCACACAGACCUUUGCGUUCCAGACACAGAUCCGGAGGGGCCGAUUCAGUGUGGUGCGGCAGUGCUGGGAGAAGGCCAGUGGGCGGGCACUGGCUGCCAAGAUCAUCCCCUACCAGCCCAAGGACAAGACAGCCGUGCUGCGUGAAUACGAGGCCCUCAAGGGCCUGCGCCACCCACACCUGGCGCAGCUGCACGCAGCCUACCUCAGCCCCCGGCAGCUGGUGCUCAUCUUGGAGCUGUGCUCCGGGCCGGAGCUGCUCCCCGGCCUGGCCGAGAGGGCCUCCUACUCAGAGUCCGAGGUGAAGGACUACCUGUGGCAGAUGCUGAGCGCCACCCAGUACCUGCACGCCCAGUGCAUUCUGCACCUGGACCUGAGGUCCGAGAACAUGAUCAUCACCGAGUACAACCUGCUCAAGGUCGUGGACCUGGGCAGUGCGCAGAGCCUCAGCCAGGAGAAGGUGCUGCCCUCGGAGAAGUUCAAGGACUACCUAGAGACCAUGGCUCCAGAGCUCCUGGAGGGUCAGGGGGCUGUUCCGCAGACAGACAUCUGGGCCAUCGGUGUGACAGCCUUCAUCAUGCUGAGCGCCGAGUACCCGGUGAGCAGCGAGGGUGCACGCGACCUGCAGAGAAGCCUGCGCAAGGGGCUGCUCCGCCUGAGCCGCUGCUACGCUGGGCUGUCCGGGGGCGCCGUGGCCUUCCUGCGCAGCACGCUGUGCGCCCAGCCCUGGGGCCGGCCCUGCGCGUCCAGCUGCCUGCAGUGCCCGUGGCUGACAGAGGAGGGCCCGGCCUGUUCGCGGCCCGCGCCCGUGACCUUCCCUACCGCGCGGCUGCGCGCCUUUGUGCGCGAGCGCGAGAAGAGACGCGCGCUGCUGUACAAGAGGCACCACCUGGCCCAGGUGCGCUGAGGGUCGCCCGACCCGCCCUCGCUGCAGACGCGCCAAUAAAAACGCACGGCCGGGCGCGGA